AUGGAUUUUGUUAGUCCCACAGUCAAGAAAUAAUACUCGAUUCAAAAUAUCUUAAAUGAUGCAACAUCCAUGUUGAAGAAGAAUGGCAAUAGGAAAGUUAUUUUAUUGUUAGAUAAGCAUUUUAUGAGUUAUUCUUAAAAUGAUGAUGCUUCAUUAAAUAUUUAGAUUAGCAGAAGACUGUUGAAAGCAUCAUAAAAUUUAUUAAUAGAAUACAUACAAAGAGAUAACAUAUCAAAAGUGGAUUUAUUGCUUGAUAGAAGCAAUUUAUACAUAGCUGUUUUAUAUAUUAAUGUGUAAAGAAAAUUGAAAAAUGAGAAGGGAAUAGUGUAAUAUGAGGAGUUGAACUCUGCCUAGCUUGAAUAAAGGAUUGGACUCAGCAGAUUGAGAUAAAGAAUUAGACAGACGAUAUGUAUACCAGGCAAUUUAAUAAAGGCUACUCAAUUGAAUCGGUUGAAAGAAAAGGAUAAAAUAAAGUUUUAUAUAAAUGAAUGCUGGGUGUUAUUAUUAAAGCAAUUGAUAAUUUAUGCUAAGAUAUUUAAAUCUACGAAUGAAAUACCGAAUAGUUUGAGAAUGAUGUUUAAAGUUGACCAUAUUUUAUCAAUUAAAGAAUUCCAUAAACGAAAAAAUCUUGAGAUCAUGAAGGUUUAAAUUGAACAUUAUUAAAACUCAGGUCAAUCGUACCUUCAGUUACGAGAAUUCAGACUCUCUUUGUAACAAUAUGAUCUGGCUUUAAAAAUUUUAUAGGAUUUGAUAUUUACAAUUCUAAAAAAGAAUAAUACUCCAAAUGUGAUUGAUGACAAUGAUUUAAAACCAGUACAACAAUACAUAAUGAAAAUCAUUUUAAUUCUAUAUCUAGAAUCCUUAUGUUAUGAGUAUUUGUCUGAAUAUUCACAAAUGAAAGAAUGCAUACAUUUAUCAUAAUGGUUAUGUAGUGAAGUAUUGAGACUAGAGGAUGAACAUCAAUUGCAUAUUUUGAUUUUUAGUCGAGCAUAAGACAUCUAAAAAUAUUUUGAAGUCAUCCUAGCGGAAUGUGAGAUACGACAUAUUAUUUUUUCAUCUUUUUGUGACAAUAACUAAGCUGAAAUGAAGGCUAUAUCUGCUCAAAUCAAAGAAGACUACAUUUAAUUAUUAAAUGAAAAGUUCUUUUUAAAAUUUCACCACUAAAAGCUUCAUCGCUAACAAUUUUUCAAAUUAAAUUUGAAAUCUCCUUAGUCUUCUCAACCCUAUUUACUUUACUCAGUUCCAAAAGGUAGUAGAACUGAAAGAGAAACCACUACCCAACAACUUUCCAAAUAAUAUUAGUCAUUUACAACUUAGGAUGGUGUUGAAUAAUAAUAUUCGAGAAAAUUCAUACAGGUUGAAAGUGAAACAAAAUUAUUGAAAUAAAAUUCGUUGUCUUCAUUUUCCAGAAAAACAAGACCUACAGAUUUUUCACAAUAUUGCAAGACUGAGUAAUCAGAUUAUCCAAAACUCGACUAAGAGUUAGCUGGUGUUAUCGUGAAUUAAUUGAAAUAAGAGAAACCAUUUUUUAUGUUAUCUGAUAUCCAAAGGACUUGUGAAGAUGAAAUAAGUGAAAACCAAAGACAAUAAUAGGAUUAUGAGUUGGGAAAAGCUGUACUUAUGUUUAAAAAGUAAUUUAGUAGAAAUGCUAUUACUGAACCUAAGGAGGCUGAUUCCUUAAAGUAAUUAAACAAUCAAAUUAAAACAGAAUUUUAAUUAAUUUCAGGUUAUUUGGAGGCAUAAGAACAUUUGAAAAGAAAGAAAUAGAAAUAAAAGCUAUUUGAGUAAAUGCAAAAACCAAAAUAAAAAAAACAAACUCCCUUAAGAAAGAUCUUCUUAAAACACAGUAAUACAUUAGGAUUUAAAUAAAUCAAGAAAAAACUAUAGCAUUUAGAGGAGGAAUCCUAAUUAAUGAAAUUGUAUCACUUAAUAAGUGAUAAGAAGGAAGGAGAGAAAGAGUAGCCAAAAGAGGAUUAAAUACUCAGAAAAAUGAUCUAAACUAAUUUGAAUGCCAUUAAAGUUAUCAUGGAUGAAAAUCAAAAAUAACAGGAAACGGCUUAGAGUUAACUUAGAAAGAGGAGACCAAUCUCUGUAUCUGCAUAAAUGAAACCUAAUAUCCAUCCGUAAAGCCCUUAACUAAGGGAUGUAAUUACAGAUUUGGCAGGAUCAACUUAAUACCUUAGUACUAAGGGAUAAUCAACCAAAAACGUUACAUCCAUGGUAGAAUUGGCAAAUUUAAAAAAAAAGUUAAAUUCAAUUUAAAUGAAAAGUCCUAUUAGAUACUCAUAAUUAUUUAAAAAAUAAUGA